AACCAGACUGAGUCAGACAUGGCGCCCGGAAGUCAGACGAUCCUCUCGUCCACGCCCCUGCAGCUCCUCUUCUACCUCAACGGAUGGUACUUCGCCGCCUUCUACCUGGCGGAGAUCCUCAUGUUCAUCUACAAAGGGGUUCUGCUGCCGUACCCGUUGGACAACCUGGUUCUGGAUGUGGUUCUGCUGCUGCUCUUCCUCGCCCUGGAGACGCUCCGGAUCUUCUACGGCUGGAAGGGGAACCUGUGUGAGCGCUCGCUGUCCUCCUGCCUCUCCGUCUUCGUCCUGCUGCCCUGCACCGCUCUGGCCGUCUACUUCCUGCUGCUGCAGACCUUCGUCCUGCGGCUGGAGUUCCUGCUCUGCUCCGGGCUGCUCUGCUUCUACGGCCUCCAGCUGCUGCUCGGCCUGCUCUCCAUAUCGGCCUUCUCCAGGUCCAAAGUGUACUGAGGAGCAGCAGCGGCUUUCUGACAUGGACACAGAGUUUCCUCCAAGAUCUGUUUGAUAGUUUCUAUUUUUUAUUUUUCUACUGACAACAGAUGAAAGUGUUUUUUGUAAAUAAUAAAAGUUUUGUUAAUAAAAGUGAAUGAAAGCA